GAGGGCGAUGGUGCUGCUGAGCGCUCCGCGCUGGCUGCGCAGCCGCCUCACCGACCGCUUCUGGAGGGUGCAGGAGGUGCUCAAGUACGCGCGGCACUUCCGCGGGAGGAAGAACCGCUGCUACAAGCUGGCCGUGGGCAGCGUGCGGAGAGCGUUCGUCAAGUCCACGAAGGCCAGAAGACAGAAGAAGAGAUUCCUAAGAGCGCUUUGGAUCACUAGGAUUGGAGCAGCUUCUCUUGAACAUGGUUUGAAGUAUCCAGCUUUCAUAAGCAAUCUGCUUAAGUCCCAGGUGGAGCUGAACAGGAAGGUGAUUGCUGAUCUGGCUAUUUAUGAGCCAAAGACAUUCAAGUCCCUGGCUGCCUUAGCCCAGAGGAGGAGACAAGAAGGCUUCCUCGCUGCCCUGGGAGAUGGGAAAGAGCCAGAGGGGAUAUUUUCACGGAUGGUUCACCACUACUGAUGUUGAAGGAGCCUGUGGCUACCUGUUAUCAACAGGACCUUGUACAGCAGCAGCAACUUGUUGCUGAGCGCUGCUAAGCACAGAAUCCUCAGGGAUGGCUCCAGGAGGAGGAUGGAUUGGGUCUGGGUGCGAGGCUUAUGCCUAGGUGACGUUUUCCUUUGUAUUGUAACCGAAACGUGCUGCGUUAGAAACCGUCGUUUGAAGUUAGCAGCGUUCCGUCAGGUGUGUGGAAGUGGUGUUGUGAAGGGCACGCUGAGCGCGUUAAGAACUCAAUAAAGAUACUUUGUUAAGGAAUAAAGCCCUGGGUUUGGUAGCCGCUCUGGAAA